AUAAAUAUACAGUCUGGUGGUUGAUUUAGAGAAUCAUCGGCUCAUUUUCUCUUCGUCACUGAUACUAUCCUUCGAACUAUAAAGAGGAAGAUCGUUGGGUAUUUUUGUGUCUUCUUUGAAUCUCAGCAGGAGUUUUAAAGAGGGACCAAUAUGGAAGACCGUUGCAUGAUCAAGAACGAUGUCGCUGAAUUGAUUGGUAACACACCAAUGGUGUAUCUGAACAAGGUUGUUGACGGUUGUGUAGCACGUAUAGCCGCCAAGCUUGAGAUGAUGCAGCCUUGCUCUAGUGUCAAAGACAGAAUCGCUUAUAGUAUGAUCAAAGAUGCAGAAGAGAAAGGAUUGAUCAAGCCUGGAGAGAGUACAUUGAUAGAGCCAACGGCUGGUAACACUGGGAUCGGUUUAGCCUGCAUAGGAGCAGCAAGAGGAUAUAAAGUAACACUUCUGAUGCCUUCAACGAUGAGCUUAGAGAGAAGAAUCAUUCUAAAAGCUUUAGGUGCAGAGCUUCAUCUCACAGAUAUGAGCAUAGGCAUUAAAGGAUUGUUGGAGAAAACCGAAGAGAUACUAAACAAAACUCCUGGUGGUUUCGUUCCACAACAAUUUGAGAACCCUGCAAACCCUGAGAUUCAUUACCAAACCACUGGUCCGGAGAUAUGGAGAGAUUCAGCAGGGAAAGUAGAUAUUUUUGUUGCUGGUGUUGGAACUGGUGGAACGGUUACUGGAGUUGGGAAGUUUCUUAAGGAGAUGAAUAAAGACAUCAAGGUUUGUGCUGUGGAACCUACAGAAAGUCCAGUACUCAGUGGAGGAGAACCAGGUCGACAUUUGAUCCAAGGAAUUGGUGCUGGUAUCAUACCAGCCAAUUUGGAUUUAACCAUUGUUGAUGAAAUCAUUCAAGUGACAGGUGAGGAAGCUAUUGAAACAGCCAAGCUUCUUGCUCUCAAAGAAGGAUUGUUGGUGGGAAUAUCCUCUGGAGCAGCAGCAGCUGCUGCGUUGAAGGUUGCAAAGCGGCCAGAAAACGCUGGCAAACUCAUUGCGGUAAUUUUCCCCAGCGGAGGAGAACGUUAUUUAUCUACCAAACUGUUUGAUUCUGUUAGAUACGAAGCAGAGAAUUUACAGAUUCAGUGAGUGGCGAUUCGGUUUUGGUACAAAGUGUUUGUACCAAGAUUACAGUCUGGUUGUUCCUAAUCAUUGUAACAUCUAUAAACGUUAACUAAUAAAUGAACAACAUCAAUAAGACAGAACCUGUUUUAUAAA